AUGCCGACUCUGAUCGCCGCGCGGCCCCUGGCUCUGCUGCUUCUGCUCCUGCAGCCACUACAAUUUAAGAUUUUGCGUGUCGGUCUCAAUAAGUCAGAGGAAGAGAUAGAACAGUUUGAAGAUUACUUGGAGGAGUUGCACAGCUCAGGACCUGCCAAACCUCUGACCAAGGAGGCUUUCCAAAGACGUACGAUUAUCGAUCCUGAAAGACCACUAAUUGAUCCAGACUACUGUACUGAUGAAAUGAAGAUGAAAAAUGUUCACGACAAAUUCCGUUGUGUCAGAGAACAUUUCUUCCUCCAAACAGCAUAUGAGGACUUGCAAAAGAUCUGUAAAAACGUAUUUGUGCCUUGUAAGAAUGGAGUUAAGAAAUGUCACAGGAGCAGGCAACUAGUAGAAGGGGUGUAUUGUAAUUUAACGAGAGGAGCUAGAAUGUCAGACUGUGAAUAUGAAUCUUCUUAUAGGAAGGGCCAUGUCCUUAUCACUUGUCAAUGGCAAGAGGAUAUUCAAGAAAUUAUUCCUGCUUACGUAAAUGAUAUUAUGGUUUUAGAUACUGAUGUCAAGGAUAAUAGCCUCUUCCGCAAUGAAGCGCAGUGGCCGUUCUAA